GCUCACAUACUUCACCCUCUUUCCUUUCCCUUCUACUACACCUAAAUCUUCCUCUUCCUAACAAAAUAGUUUCUUUUUUCUUUCUAAAACAAAUUGUACAAAAACAAAGAAGACAAAAUGAGGACUAUACCCACCACAAUGCUAAACACACACCCCAACAACACCCCCGCAACUAUUACUCCCUCCUUAUGGCACACUCCAAUCCCAUAUCUCUUUGGAGGACUAGCAGCCAUUAUGGGACUCAUAGCCUUGGCGUUGUUGGCACUAGCAUGCUCUUUUUGUAAACUCUCAAGGAACAACCAAGAUGGGGACCACAAUGACUUGGACAACAAAGAGAGUGACCCUCAAACUAAGGAACCCAUCAAGUCCUACGAAGAGAAGGUCCUUGUAAUUAUGGCUGGGAAUGAGAAACCAACAUUCUUGGCUACCCCUGUAGUUUUUUCCAUCAUUGACAAAGAUAUUGACAACCUUGUACUUGUUCCAACUACUUCCACUUCACAAGAAAAUGAAGGUUCUUGUUCUUCACAACAUAGGCAGUGAUUGUGUUUCACUAGCUAGUUGGUUAGUAAAAUCAUGUGGUAGAUACUAGUGGUAGGUGUUAGUAUGGUGUUGCGGCUGUAGAAAAUCCAAGUCAAGUGAUAGAUAGUUGGAUCCUUUUCCGUUAUUAGCGAAAUCUCAGUCGUUGAAUUAAUCUAAUAUUUAUGCGAUCAAUGUUAUUAGUCGCGUAGAAUUGAAAUUAGAGAUUAAGUGUGGAUGAGUUAUGAGAAGAAUUUUUAUUUUUAAUCUACCAUCAUUUGGUACACUACUUUUUGGUCUCUUUAUAUGGUGAUAGGGAUUGGAAUUUUAGGAGUUUUCCUCUCAUUCCAAGGACCAGCCAAUUGCAUCUUCUUCUUGAAUGUGCUCUAA